CAAAUUGUAAAUAUUGGUAUUUUAUAAAGAGUUCAUAAUAAAAAUUAGAAUCAGAGUUUAUGGAAGGGUAUUUAUUGAAAUGGGUUAAUCCAUUUUAAAGAUGGUAGAAGAGAUAUUUCAUACUUAAUGAUCAUAUUCUUACUUAUUGCGAUCAACCAGGAGGUAGAUCAAAAGGAUAGAUCCAUCUUAAAGUAGCAGGCAUCAAUGAAAGUAAGGAUGACCCUUUAAGAAUUAUUAUCAAUACAGGAACAGGUUAGAUUUUGUUAAAGGCAUCUAAUGUUGAUGAAAAAAAUAAGUGGUUGGUAGCAUUAAAGAAAAACUAGGAGUAUUGCCAAAGACAUUAAGUGUUUAAUUAUGGUUAAAGAAUUUAAGAACUUUUAACAGAUAUCUGGAGCAAUUUUGCCUUAUUUGAUGAAUAACUAACUUAUCUUUAAGAAAAAGCAACUUUAAGUGUGUAUAAGGAAAUCAACGAAAUUAUUAACCUAGGACAAUACUUGAAAAAUGGAAUUACCUUGUGUUGCACAUUGAUAGAGGAAGAAAAAAUUAAAUUGUAUGGAGAAUCGGAUACAAUUUAUGAGAGCUUCGAUUUUGAAAAUGAAAUACCAUUAAAUACCUAAUCAUCUAAUUAUUUAAUAAGAUAGGAAGAAUAAAAAUAAAAUUAAUUAGAAAAUUUCAACUCCCAACAAUUUUUGGAAACUAUCAAACUAUCAAAUCCUAUAAAAUAUAAUAACAUUAAAUACAACAGAGUUUAUUCCAGAAUCAGUAUAACUAAUGAAGCUACUAGGAAAUGUUUGCCCUAUAAAUAAGAUCCGGAUGAGAAAUUUGCAUUCUGGCCAUUUCUAAAGGAAUGCAUCGGAAAGGAUUUAACAAGAAUUCCAAUGCCAUGUAUACUUAUGAAAAUCAAAAUUUAGUAUUAUUUCACUAGCCUUUAUCUGCCUUAUAGUUUUUUGCAUCUUCAUUUGAAUAUUAUGAAACCUUGAAAUAAGCUGCGAGGGCUGAGGAUCCCUACAAAAGAAUGGCAUAUCUUAUUGCCUUUUCUUUAGUCAGGUGUCUCUUAAGUAUGGAUUGCUAAAAGAAAUUUUUCAAUCCUGUUUUAGGAGAAACCUAUGAAUACAUUACCCCUGAGUAUAAAGUAAUUAGUGAAUAAGUAUGUCAUCAUCCUCCAGUUACUGCUGUCCAUUGUGAAAGUGAAGAUUUCGUUUUUUCAAUCACAAUGGAAGCCACAGUAGGUUUUUCUGGAACCAGCAUAAUGGCCAAAUUACCUGGCUUGGCUCAUUUCAAAAACAAAAAAACUAAUGAAUAUAUGACUUAUUCAUUCCCUAAUAUGAUUGUUAAGAAUUUAUUAUUUGGAAAAAUGUACUUUGAAUAAGUGGGUGAAGCUAUUUAUACAAAUCACACAACAGGAGAUAUUGGAAUUUUAACUUUGAAAGAAAGAACUAGCCAAAAAGUAUAUAAUUUGUUAAUUAUUAGGAUGCUUAUUAACUAAAAGCUACUAUCAAAGAUAAAAAUGGUAAUAUCAGAAGUCAAAUUAGUGGGUAUUUUGAUAAAGAAAUUUAUGCCAAUAAUGAAUUAAUUUGGAAAAGAAAUUCUGUUGAUCCAGAAAGUAAAUGGUAUUACUUUUACCCUCAUCAUAUUCUGUAAUUAAUUAUUUAAGUGAAGAUAUUUUAAGAGUAUGAAUCUAUCAUUAUUACAUAAAGAGCAUACCAUAGACUGAUAGUAGAAUGAGAUCAG